AUGCAAUAAUCACACUAGUCUAUUUCAGGAUGGAUUCACGAAUACGAUCAGUAGGGCUCACCUCAGAUUCAUCAAGUAGUGAAUUGUAAUUCAAUUUUGCUUAUAUUUAAAUUAUAGAGAUAGUUAAUAGGAAACAACAAUUACAGAAAAGAAGCGUGAGUCUAUGUUAAAGAAGAUAAGAUUAAGACACCAAUAAAUCAAGUAUGUCAUUCUAUUAUUCCUGAUUUAAUUGAUUA